UCCAGCCGUCGAUUGUCAGUGGGUUAUGCGGAAACGAUAGACUCGUCUGGCAAACUUAACUAAAAAGAGAAUUAGCUAUAUGCCGUGAAAUGCAAACCUAGCAGUCUCUUGACAUCACCACAGCUGCGCUAUAUAGACAGCUCGUUUAGGGUAUGGUAAUGAUCAGUCGGCUUCACUGAACCAUUGUUUGAACCUACGGGACGGGAGUGGCCCUCUGGAACGCAUGGGAAAUAAUUAUGCUUUAAAGGUACACGGGAGACAGGCUAGACUAGAGGCUACACAUAUUUAGACAAGAGGUAUCCGUAGGCAAUAGACGAUUCUUCUCAUCGUCACAGUUUCCAUCAUGGCGUAUGCUGCAUAUUGGACCAGCCUUCAGAGAACAGGUCCUAGUACCACACUUGGAGAGAAGCAGGUGGAUGACAGGCCUUAUGAUACUCGAGCUGCUGCAGCCUCUAAGGCUCAGCCUGAUUAUGACUGCUGUCAAUGCUUUCAGAACGCACCCAAAGGUUACCAAGAGUUACCGAGUGAGUCGGUCCCACCCGAGUUGUUCCACCCCAGUUCGCAGCCCAGACAAUAUUCAUCCACUUCAGUGGCCCAGGUUGCCGUGAAUCCAGCACAAUUUGAGAGUGCAUCUGCCGCCUCGACCAUGGCUACGAAGCCAAGGGCGGAGUCCGUGACAGUGGGUGGAACCACAGCGAGUGGUGUCGCAGCGGGAGGAAGUCCUACGACAGCCGGGACAAAGCAGAGUGGAGCGGCCAAAGUGAAGAUGCCAGAGACGACACUUGUCUCUCCAAACGCUGCUGGAGCAGGUGCUACUAUUAUUGACAUACCAACACCUGGGACCAGAGGCAGUCCUAAAGACACCCCGAAGACUGCACCCAUGCACCCUGCCAAAGCUACACCUCCUGCCCCUGGGGGAGUAAACAUUGUCGGAGUGUCGGCGACACCGUGGAGAGCUGACGUACCGAAGCUCCAAGAGUCCCCGAAACAGGCAGCCAAGAGUGUGCCCACCACAUCAAGCAAAGCUGACAUGGCUAAAAAGGAUCUUGCUAAGUUGCCCCAGGCUGUUUCUGCAGGCGGUGCCGCGGCUGGAGGCCCCUCUCAGAAAGGUCCAGAGACCAAGGUACAGGUGGAAGUAGGUCCCCCAGCAGCCAAGACAGCCAAAGAGGAGCUUGCUGCGGACCCCUUUGAUGCCCUGGCUAAUUUCCUGCCCUCGUCAGACAAUCUCGCCCCUGCUGCCCCCGUAUACACCGGGCCAGAGGUUAUAGAGCAUGGCUUGACCCAUCAGGAGGGAGUGAUAUGUGGGGGGAACAACUGCCCACUGCCCCCAGGAUACCGAUUUGAGGACAUGGCCCUAGUUGCAGAUGUCAAGCCAAAGGAUGUCCCGAAACACAUGAGCACAGAUGAAGCGCUGGACUCCCUCUCCUUUGGGUUCACGACCUCUACUGCUCCCAUCCCUCAGAAACAGGAGAAGAAAGUGGAGGACUUGGCUGCCAUUGAUGCUUUGUCUGCUGGCUUCUCCAACUUCGCUCCCCCUCCAGCCGCUCCUGUCAAGAAAGCUGAUUUUAAGUCUCCCGUUGUGACCAAGUCUGCUGCUCCCCCCGCGGACAAGAAAGCUAAGGUGGAAAAGAAAGCUGAGUUUAUGUCUCCCGUUGUGACCAAGUCUGCUGCUCCCCCCGCGGACAAGAAAGCUAAGGUGGAAAAGUUGGCCGACUCCCCAAUGGACACCAAGCCUGAGACAGAUGAGGGUAUGUCCCUGGAUGCUCUCAGUGCUCUGGGAGACACUCUGGCUGCUCCAGAACCAGUGCCCGAACCUCCCAAGAUCAGACCUGAGGACAUUGUCACGGAGGGCAAACUGACAUCGGAGGCGGGUGUGUUUGUGGGUGAGAGGGACGACACUAUCCCACCAGAGUACAGGUUCACCAAGGACAAAGUCAAAGACCUGCCUCCUCCCAAGAAAGAGCCUUCCAUGGACUCUGGCGAGGCUCUGGACAUCCUGUCAGGUGACUUCAUGUCUUCCUCUGUGGCUCCAUCUGUCCAGGCUCCUGUCCUCUGCCCCCCAGCUCCUCCCAAACAGGCCAAAAUAGAUGAUUUAGCAGCCCUGGAUGCCUUGGCUGGAGACUUUGUGGCCCCUACUAAGGCCUCCGCUGUCCAGGCCCCCGUGGUGCCUCACUUCGACAACCCCCCACAGAGCGCCGUUUGUACAUUUGACCUUGAAGCCCCCAGCAUGUCCCCUGUUGUAACCGGAGCCACUACUAAACCCGGAGCCACUACUAAACCCGGAGCCACUACUAAACCCGGAGCCACUACUAAACCCGGAGCCACUACUAAACCCGGAGCCACUACUAAAACCGCUGCCACUACUAAAACCGCUGCCACUACUAAACCCGGAGCCACUACUAAACCCGCAGCACCUACUAAAACCACCACUGAUGAGGGUAUGUCCCUGGAUGCUCUCAGUGCUCUGGGAGACACUCUGGCUGCUCCAGAACCAGCGCCUGAACCUCCCAAGAUCAGACCUGAGGACAUUGUCACGGAGGGCAAACUGACAGAGAUGGAAGCUGUGCUUGUGGGUGAAAGGGAUGACACUCUCCCACCAGAGUACAGGUUCACAGAGGACAAAGGCAAAGACCUGCCUCCUCUCAAGAUAGAGCCCUCCAUGGACUCAGGUGAGGCUCUGGACAUCCUGUCAGGUGACUUCAUGUCUUCCUCUGUGGCUCCAACUGUCCAGGCUCCUGUCCUCUGCCCCCCAGCUCGUCCAACACAGGCCACAGAUGACUUUGCCUUGGAUGCCCUGGCAGGGGAAUUUGUAGCUCCAACUGUUGCCCCUGCAGUCAAAUCUGCUGCUAACCGCCAGCUGUCUACAGGGACGGUAGAUGCUCUGGAUGCCUUGUCAGACACCUUAGUGAACAUGACUCCUAUCCCAGAGCCCGUUCCUGUCUCAGUCAGGGACAUCGUCAAGGAGAAGAAGAUCAUGGAGGAGAAGCUUAUCAAGAUGGGGGAGAGAGAUGUCAGCCUUCCAGCUGAGUACCGGCACACAGAGAAAGACCUUAAGGCAGAGGCCAAAGCCCAGGCGGAUGUUAGGCCCAAGCAGCCAUCUAUGGAUGACAGCAGUGCCCUCGACCUCUUGUCUAGUGACUUCUCUUCCUCACCUUGUCCUGCUGCAACCUCAGUUGUGACAACAAAGCAGACACAGCCCAGUCUGGAGAGCAACAGCAAGUCACGGUCUAAGUCAAAGAAACAACAGGAGGAGAACCCAUCUGCCAAAGACCACCUGUCUGGAAAGAUGAGUUCAGAUGUAGUGCCAGGAUCCAAAAAUAAGGGUGGCAAGAGCUAGACCUCUAGGUUUCUAGCGCACUACAUGUCCCCUGCCACAUGGAGGCGCCACUAGAGGGAGCUGCUGUGAACGAUGAUUCUAUUUUUCUAAAUGGUGGAGAAUGUAUACUGGAUGAAAAACAAACAUGACCACACACACACACACACACACACACACACACACACAGAGACACAGACACAUGCUGUGUGCAAUGCCUUUCCUGCUUGGUUUCGCACAUGACAGAAGAUUGUACUUGUUUUGGUUUCUUUCCUUUGAGAUGAGGAGAGCAAAAUAAAGAGAGAGUGAGAGAGAGAAGGCGA